GGACGCCACACUGCCUCUGCCUACUCCCCCGUCCCGUCCCGUCUCGUCUCAGCCGUCUCGCUCCUCCGACUCCUCAUCCCGCCGCCGCCGCCGCCAGCGGUGGACGCGGAGAGCCGUCCUCGACCACCCGCCUUCUCUCCCCGACUCUCCAGACCCCGCGGGUCGCGGCGAGCAUUCCGGGCUCCGGGUCGUCGGGAGCCGCCGGCGGUUUCGCGCGGAUCUGAGGCUGCCCGGGCUGGAGAAUUCCGCGGCUGGACUCGGGAUGAGUUGAUUUGGCGAGUUUAGCUGUGCGGAGGGAGAGGAGUUCCGGCCUUCCGGGAGGGAGAGGUUGUUGGUCUGCGAGGGGUUCGUGUGCGGGAGUGCGGGCGGGCGUGCGACGUACAUGUACAUGCGCCCCGGAGGCCGCCGCCGUCGCUGCUUCGUCGUCCUCGGGGAGCGAUGAUCGAGCAGUUCGUCAACUUCGUCAUCCGGCCGCCUCGUGCAGAGUACAAUCCAGAUCAGUAUUUAUGGGAGCCAGAGUUUACUCUCGCUGGAAGGAAGUAUAAAAGGCUAGAUUUGGAGCUUACAAAUGAAAGAAGUCAGACCUUAAAAUGCAGCCACUAUGUUCCUGCUGUCAUCCCAGAAAACACUGCCCUUCCAUGUGUAGUCUACUGCCAUGGGAAUAGUGGAUGCAGAGCAGAUGCAAAUGAAGCUGCUGUCAUACUUCUUCCUUCAAAUAUCACCCUUUUUACACUUGACUUUGCGGGAUCAGGGCUAUCAAGCGGAGAUUAUGUCAGUCUUGGUUGGCAUGAGAAGCAGGAUCUCAAAUGUGCCGUGUCCUUUCUGCGUAACAAUAAGCAAGUUUCUCGUAUAGGCCUUUGGGGACGCUCGAUGGGUGCUGUUACAAGUCUGCUAUAUGGAGCAGAAGACCCCUCAAUUGCUGGCAUGGUUCUGGAUAGUGCUUUCGCUAACUUAUACGACUUGAUGAUGGAGCUCGUAGAAGUUUACAAAAUACGGGUUCCUAAGUUCACGGUUAAGAUGGCUGUUCAGUACAUGCGACGUGUCAUUCAGAAAAGAGCUAAAUUUGACAUAAUGGAUCUUAAUGUUGUCCAGUUUGCACCCAAGACGUUUAUUCCUGCAUUAUUUGGACAUGCUUCAAAUGAUAUGUUUAUUCAGCCACAUCACACAGAACGUAUUCAUCAGGCAUAUGCGGGGGAUAAAAAUCUAAUCAAAUUUGAGGGUGAUCACAAUUCCCCAAGGCCCCAGUUUUAUUACGACUCUGUUUCAAUAUUCUUCUACAACGUUCUUCACCCACCUCAGUUUCCUUCAACUUGCACAAAUAAAUUUGAUAAGUAUUACAACCUUGGUGCUUUUAAGGGUGGUGCUGGUACCAAUGAGAGCUUAUUGUAUGAGAUCAUCAAUGGUCUACGGGCAGCUGGCACUGAUGCAGGAAGUUCAUCAGCUGCUACAGCUAAUUUCACAAAUGCUACAAAAUCAGUAGUUGAAUUGCUGACAGAGAGGGUAAAUCAGCUAUCUGUUAAAAAUGAUAAUGACUUGGAUUUUCUUUUGGAUGAAAAUCAGAACCUCACUGAGAUGGACGGUAACACAGGGGAGUGUCAUUUAGAGGAUAAAGCAAACAGACAAACAGAGGAAUGCUGUUCAUACACCAGCUCAAACAGAGAGAGCUGGGGACGAUGUUCUUCCUUGGGUGGAGCUAGUGAUGGAUCGUCAUCAGGCGAGCAGCCUGAGGUACCUAAUCAUAAGAACAAGAGUAUGUCACUAAGGGCUCUAGCAACGCCAUUGAGACGGGUACGAAGGAAACCUCUACCUCUCACGAUCCCGAAGGAGAAGAAGAAUCGAUCACUGUGGAAGAGGUUAAAAAAAGAGAGGCAAGAGAUGGGGGAAAACAUAUCCCAGCGUCUCCGGUUGUGUCUCCAAGGCCAGGCUCGACACAAGAGAACCAAAUCGUCUUGACAACUGUGAAUACACAUUUAACUCUUGGACAAAUCUGCUAGGAACUCACUGAUGGUUCACCAACAGAACUGCGCUGCGAUUUGGAGCUUCUGACAUUCAGCGCCAAUCGUGCUGUUGCCUGUGUACAUUGGCUGAACAUUACUUAGAAUUCUUUCUGUUAGGUCAUGGAUUGUCCCAGCCCCGAUGUAUUAAGUAUUAACUGCCAAUCUUUCGUUUCUUAUGAUUUGUUUCAAUUUAAUCCUGUAAAUUUCUAGGCCAAGAACUGUUCCGGACUUGUGGCUGGGGAAGGGGCACCAGUGCAUUGCUUUCAGGAUAUGUGUAGGGUUUGAAGGUCGAGUUGUAUCGACAGAAUCUCAUUUGUAUGCUGCUCGGUAACGUCUCUGAUUAGCUAUGCUGUACUGUGGUACCUGGCGUGAAAUGGUUGGUGGCACAUGCAUUC